GUUGAGUCCAUCGUGCAGGGACGGGAGCGGGGAGCAGCUGAGAACAGCCACUUGCAGCAGGACAGGCGAACGCCGCCAAUCCCCUCCCCUCAUCCUCUGGCUCAGUCCUUUGGCCACACUCCCGGCAGUAUCAUGCAGGACCCCCGCAUACAGAGCAUAAGUUUGCCUGGGCAGAUGCACUCUGUGGUUCCCUCGAGUGCCGUUCCAGAAGAAUACCUGAGGGUUCUGCGGCCUUUCGCCACCUCAGAUGAUCUCCGACUCACCUCGCUGCCCCUGAGCCUCGACCCCGCCAUGGCUGCUCACGCUGCUGCUGUCUACUAUCACCCUGCCUACCUGCACCACCCUCUGUCCUUACCAAGGAUGGAUGAGUCCUUGUGUCUCUCAGCGCUGAGGUCGCAGUUCUACUCUGUUCCUGCAGGAGGCACCUUCCCUCCUCUUCACCCCUCUGCCCUGCAGUUACACCUUUCUGGAGGGCGCUACCCCGGAGAAAUGAACCACACGGCUUUUACUGACAGGCUACAGAUGGAGAAUGAGCUCCGCCAGCGUGAAAGAGAGCAGGAGCGUGAACGAGAGAAGGAACGGGAGCGCGAGGCCGGGCUGGAGCGAGAGCGGGAGGAGGAGCGUGAGAGGGAGCUGGACAGACAGAAGGAGAGACAGAGGGACAGACAGCAGCAGAUGGUCAGAGCGGCAGAGGGUCACUACCUGGCUGAGCUUCAGGCUCGGAGGGCAGCACCGGAGGACAGGGCCAGACCGGGAGAGAGGCUGACCCCGAACAGGCUAGAUAAAAACAAGGACUCAGACCACCCGAGUUUCCCAGCCUCUAAACCCGUGUCCCUGCAGCCUGGACUUCACUCCUGCAGGUCCUCUGUCCCACACCCCAUGCCCAGCCUGUUGCCGUCUCACCUGGGGAAGCAUCGUGCCUCUGCAGGGAUCCACGGAGCGCUGGCAGCCGCCAUGAUGUCACAGAGAGCCAGCGACGAGGCGUGGUUAUCACGGCAACGGGCACAUGGCCAGGAGAGGGAGGGCCCUCUGGUGGUGGGCCUCAGGUCACCUGGGAAAGGUGUGGAACCCAGAAGAGACAGCCACAGAACCAGUUCAGUCUAUCAGAACCUGGGCAGCAAAGAUGCGUCCCCGUGCCUCGGUGCUCCGCCACCCCUCAUUUCCCCCAAAGUUCCCCCUCCUGCUCCUCCCACUACACUGUGGAACCCAGCUUCCCUCGUCGACACGCCGUCCCUAGACUCCCGCAGGAAAUCCACUCCACCCAGUCGCCCGCCGCCGGGUCUGACCCGAGCUGACAGACCUCUGGUGAACUGGGGGGAGAGGAUAGAUGAUGCAACCAAGAGGACUUCCAAAAGCCCAGAGAGGUACCUAUCAGUGAGAGGAGCAAGUCUAACGGAACUGUGGACCAAGACCGAACAGGAGCGAGCCACUCAGAGCAUGUACCCCCGGCAUCACGUCAACAGUCUCCACCUCAGACCCUCGGCGUCUGCUCCGAGUGACCCGGGGGGUCGGUUCCAGGCGCCCUCUCCUACACUAACAAAAGAGCGGCGGGCGCACGCGCCUGACAGCAUGCUGGUUUACGACGAGGUUUUCCAGCAGCACCGCCGGCUGCUCAGUAAACUCGACCUGGAGGAGAAGAGGAGAAAGGAGGCCAGAGAAGGAGGUUAUUACUAUGACCUGGAUGAGUCAUAUGAUGAGAGCGACGAGGAGGAGGUAAAAGCUCAUCUGAGGAGGGUGACGGAACAACCCCCGCUCAAACUGGACAUAUCCUCUGAGAAAGUGGAUUUUUUGCGCUCAUGUGGGCUCACCACCCAGGCCCGUCGCGACGAGCUUCUGGCUCAGAUGAGGAGGAAGAGGAGGAGGAUGAUGAGAGAACGCAGCAUCUCUCCACCAACCGUGCAGGGCAAACGAAAAACUGCUUCACCUUCGACGCCCACGGCUUCCCUCAUCACCCCGUACUCUGCCGAGCAGAUGGACAGCACCCCCGAGCUGCAGGAGAAAAAAGACUUCCUCCUGAUGUUCAACCUCAGCCAUGUCAGCCCUCAGCAGAGGAGAGAUAAGGAGAGGACAGAGGGGCUUCUGAGGGCCAUUCAGAGGAAGACUGUGACGUUGGACUCGAUCAGAUAUCAUCCUCGAGCUUUGUGCAAAAGUCCAGCUGCUCCUUCAUCUGGUGACUCCUCCACAGCUCCUCCGCUGCCUCAGUCAAACGGACACCUGCACCCAGACUCUCACAGCCCCUCGCCUCCCUACUUACACAAACACAAGCACCUCCAUAACGAUGCCCUCAAACCCUCCGUGGACCCCCCGGCUGCUCGCAUCCCUCCUCCGCUCACCUCCCAUCGUGAAAAGCCUGAACUCACAGAGGUUCAGCAGAGCAGGAAGCUCCAAACUUUACAGAAUGGCCUCGUGGCUCCUCCUCAGAAAAAGGAGCCCGGUUCUGUGCAGAAUGGACGGAGUCAACCCUGGGAGAGGUUCAUGCCGGAGGCCUUCGCUCAGCACUUCCACCAGGCUGUGCUGCAGUCUACACACAACAGAGAAACCUCAAACUGUGUCCCAGAGGUGAGAGGGAAGUCUGACCGCCCGCCGCCUCACAGCGUCUCUCAGCUGAAAACGUCAAAUCACGCCGCUCAGCACGCACACGUCAACGGCCACCACUUCCACCCGCCUGCAGCGAGCCGAGACACUCCGGCUGCACGGGAACGCCUGUCUGAGGAAGACGAAGAGGAGUCGGGCCAGGAGGAUGAAGAGGAGGAGGUGGAGGACGCUCCGAGGAAGUGGCAGGGCAUUGAAGCCGUUUUCGAGGCCUAUCAGGAGUAUGUGGACGAGUGGACCACAGAGCGGCAGGUUCUUCACAGUCAGUGCAAAAGACUUGAAGCUCAGAAUUUUAAUCUGACCAGAACUGCAGAGCAGCUUUCUCUCACUGUGGGGGAGCUGAUGAGUCAGAGGCAGAAAGUGAGGGAGGAACGGGAAAGACUGCAGGCUCAGCUCGAGCACUUCAGGAGGUGUUUGACACUACCCAACAUUCACUGGGGCAGGAGCCAAGUCAACGGGUACACUCCAAGGUGACCUCUGACACGGGUCACGUGAGGGUCACGCCUCUGACAGUGAAGGAACUGUAACAAGAACCAGGCUGCUCGCCACACUUGAAGCACUUGAAGGAGCCAGCCCUGUUCUUGUUGCCUUUCUGUCCAGACAGCGAUGCCGUCUGAUUGUUCCCAGAGACAGUUUAGCACCUGCCAUGUACACAAAGCCCAUGGCGUCCAAGAGUCUGAGCAUGGAUAACACGUAGUCAGUGAAACUGCUUCUUUGCUUCGCACAACUCCUACUACCUGAGCCGGCUUUCUGAUCAUUUAGCUCGUGUCGUGUGUAAUAACGCAUCCGUCAACAGAAACGAGUCAUAUCCAUAAGCACAACCUUUCUGGACAAAAAUAAAAGAGUCAAGCUGAGCCGCAAGGUUUAAGAAUCAAAGCACACCUCAGGCCUUAAUCUGACAAGAUGCACUUAAAAUGAAGUUGGAGUAAAUACUUGACAGUCCUCUGUGUGGUAUAUUGUGUGUUCCGAGUUCAGACUUGAGUUUUUCUUCAAGGUUUUCUGGGGCAAAGGGAGCAUCUGAAGUCUGAUGGGAAAUGAUUUACAUUUUUAAAGGUUUGGACAUUUUGAUUUGUAACGUUGCUUGUGAUAGGUGAGGAUUUUUGUAUGUUUUACUGCUUUAACUUGUGACAAGCCAUAUGCUUUGUUGGGACUGCUGCUGCUGGUCAGAAGAAAAAUGUGUGGGAACUCCAUGGCAAUAGAUUGGCUGUAUUUUGAAAAGUCGUCAUGCGAAACGUUGGAGUUGAAAAACGAUGCACUGUUGUUGGAAGAUGACAGAUAUCAGUCAUUAGGCUCGUUAAA